UCGCUCUUCUUUAGCAACAAAUACGAAGCCUCCAAUCCCGACGACUUCCUCUCCCAACAUUUUCUUCUCAAUAAUUUCUGAACAGUCUCAAUAUGACCGGAUCCGGAGAAGGUCAGAGCCUUAUAAAGCAACUAGCGGCUUGCGACAAGUCGAGCCGAGACAGAGCCGUGCGGUCUCUCCUCAAAUCGUGGCUACCUUCACAGAGUGAAGUCUCUGAUGAUGAGAUGAAGAAGCUCUGGAAAGGUCUCUUCUAUUGCGUUUGGCAUGCCGACAAGAUGCCGGCUCAGUCCGACAUCAUCGAAAAGCUUUCCUCGGUUCUUCUGGAGCUCGAACCAGGUCUAUCUCUCCAAUAUUUCUCUGUUUUCCUUCUUACGAUGCGUCGCGAGUGGACCGGGAUUGAUAAGUUAAGGUUAGAUAAGUUUUACCUCUUAAUUCGUAGGUUUUUGAAUCGUUUUUUUGUUAUGUUGAAGAAGUGGUCGUGGGAUUUGGAAUUUACUCGUAAUUCGAUUAGGAUUUUAGUCGAUGGAACAUUUCUAGCUGACGAUAAGUUUCAAGGGAAUGGCGUUAAUUAUCACAUUGCUUCGGUUUUUCUUGAAGAAAUUAGGCCCUUUAUUCCAUUAAGAAAGGAGGUUGUUGAGGUUCUGUUGGAGCCGUUUGUUGGAAUCUUGGGGAAAGUGGGUGAUAAGGUUUUGGUUGGGAAGAUUAGGAGUAAUGUGUUUGAUGUGUUUGUUAAAAUGGGAAGGAGAUUCCUGGAAUUUAAGAGGUCUGGGGGCGAGGUAGAUGAUGGUGAUGAUGUGGUCGUGUUGGGGACGAUCAGUUUGGUGAUGGGGUUCUCCACAAAGUUUUAUGAAUUGGGUUCUUCAGUAGAUUGCUGUCAGGGCAAUAGGAAGACUUUGUUAGCUCUACACGAGGAAUUCUUGACGUUGGAGAAGGAUUUGACAUCAUUGGGUAUUGAUAUUUUAAUUCCUGAGGGUAAUGAAGAAGAUGAGGCGCCUGAAUUGAUACCUAUUGCUUGUGAGAAUGAUGUUUCAGAGCCAAUUGAAGUUAAUAUUAAUGAUUCUGCAAAGAAGGCGGUAAAGAAAAGCAAGAAGGACAAAAAGUUAACUGGGGGCAGUGGCAAAAAGACUAAGAAAGGCAAGAAAACUGAAUGUAGCCCUGCAGAUCAAGAGAAUGAUGUUAAGUUACCUGUAGAGGUUGCCAGUUCUAAUAUCGAGCAGAAUGGUGAUGGGGAUUCAUUAACGUUUACUGAAUCAGUGGUAUCGAACCUUCAGCUCCAGUUUGAGAGGGUUGCUGCAGAAGUGGGCUUGAAUGGUGAUGCCGCAAGUGCCUGCGAUUUGCCAAAAGUUAAUGGUGUUGUCUCCAAGAAGAGAAAGAGAGCAAAAAGAAUGGAUGGCCUAAAAUCUCAGAAUAGGGAGCUAAUCAGUGAAGCUGACGGUGAAGGUGGUGGGACUGCAAAAACAUGUGAGAAUAGCACAAAGAGAGUAAGAUUUUCAAUGAAAAACAACUUGGUUUGGAAGCCCCACUGUCCUUUACCUCCAUUAAGUUUGAGGUUACCUCCCUCUGUUACUCCUAGAGGAAGUGCACUUAAGCAAGGGAUACCUCCAGGUCCUAUAAGGGAAAUACCUGCUGUGACUAAGAAAACGAAGAAAGCUAAAUCUGUGAAGAAGGCUCGGAAAAAAGUGAUAAAGAGUAUGCAUCCUAUAGUCAAAUGCACGAAGAAAUCAAAAUCUACGUCCUCUUAGCAGAGUCUGAUUUGUUAGUUUCUUCUAAAUUUGGUAAUCGUGGUCUUGUUUUUCACAGUUAAAACCUUCCAUAGCGUUAUGCUACAUUUACUUGGUAGACAUUUUGGUCUUUGAAUCCUGAAGUUGAUUGUGCUGAAA